AUGUCUACUUCAUACCCACCAGAUGCUGAUAUGCUUCUUGCCAUGUCAAAUGGCAUAACGGAGCAAGUUCGCAAGUAUGCAGAUAUGCAACGGGCUUGCAACGGCCGUUCCAGUGACUUUACCUCCCAACAAGGUCAGAUGCUACAGAAUCAGGCCGAAGCAGUAGCGCGGGAAUGCAGAAAGCUCCAGGCACUCGUCUCAGAGCCCAAGGACUGGAUGGUGCAAGCUGCCUGGUCGUACUGUGAUAGCGUUGCACUUUCAGCUGUCAUCGAGAUGGGCAUUCCAACGCUGAUUAAACCGGGGGGGAAAGGCGUAACUUUGUCUUAUCUUGCCGGCCGUACCAACGCAUCACCUGCUCUGAUUAGUGAGUAA